UCUAUUUCGUAUCUUCGAACCAAACCCUACAAACAGUCUUCAUCAACGAAGCGGCCGCCUUUAGGGUUUCUUCACUCAUAUUCAACCUCGAGCGAUGACGUUCAAGCGUAGAAAUGGUGGUCGAAACAAGCACGGCCGAGGCCACGUCAACUUCAUCCGCUGCUCCAACUGCGGCAAGUGUUGCCCUAAGGACAAAGCCAUUAAGAGGUUUAUUGUGAGGAAUAUAGUUGAGCAAGCUGCUGUAAGGGAUGUCCAGGAGGCUUGUGUCUAUGAUGGAUACACACUUCCCAAACUCUAUGCCAAGAUGCAGUACUGUGUUUCCUGCGCCAUCCACUCUCAUGUAGUUAGGGUUCGAUCUCGGGAAAACAGGAGAAACCGCGAGCCACCUCAGCGCUUCAGACGCAGGGAGGAAACAGGAAGGCCUGGUCAAGCUCCACGCCCAGCUGGAGCACCGACUGCAGCUCGCGCUUGAUUCAUUCUUAUUUCCAAUGCUUUCGAGUCCUGUUGUUUUGCCUUCCUAUUGAGAGAGUAUUUUUGAGAACCAGAAUUUCACCCAAGUCAAAAUGUUGUGUGGACCUUUGUGCAGCUUUAUUUUAGUAUGUGAACUAAAGCAAGAGUUCUGUAGUUAUAUCAUCAUUGACAAAAAUCAUUCUGCUUAUUUUCCCACGGUUUAAUACUUUAUGAUUGUGGAAGUAUGUUUA